AUGAAGACGCAGCUGCGCCAGCAACAAUACCAAAUGACGACGAAGGCUGGACAGUGGUCGGAGGCAGGCAUCGGCAGCACAAAGACGGGCAGAAAGACGGUAGCAAGGCGUACGCACGGGAUCGCAGGCGGGGAUGAAGCCUUCAAGCGCGCACGUCGACGCAGUCCGAGCCCACGCCGUUCGCGGUCGGCAGAGCCGCCGUCUGCCGAAAGAGAUGAAGCCAGUAGCAAGCCGAACGAGGCUCCAGCUACAGCGCACUCCAACUUUGAAGGAAACCCUUUCGCAUCGAAGAACGGCGACUCGGACGAGGUAUUGUCGCUACCGCGCAACCCCUUCAGUACUCGGGAGAAGGAAGCCGAGGGUGCCAAAGCAUCCACCGAAGAUGUUGGCAAAGAUCGGGAGGAGCGCCGAAAGGAGCGUAAGCUCGAACGGCACUAUCCAGUGAUCAAACAUUCACACAAUGCUCGUCUGAACAACUCUACUAAGAUUUCAGACUUGCAGGCUCUCGCGCUAUACAUACUUGCCGACGGCACUGCACCCCAAUGGGUUGCAGUGGAAAAUCGUAACAGUAUUCGUAAAGUGGUUGUGCUUAUGGUUCCUGGUCUGGAGCUGGACAUGUUCAACGGCAAAAUACCACUAGAGUCAAGUUUCAUUGAUGAAAACACUGCCGAGACUAACAAAGAUGCAAGACCAAAACGAUUAGACAUCAAGGGAGAUGAUUACUACCCUGCAUCGUUGAGGCCUGAGAGGCUGCCAGAGCCCCUGAAACCUUUGUCCGACGUAUUUCCUCACGUGUGGCCCAUCAUAGGCCCAGUAGAAAAUCGUGGCAAGAACUUUGUCAAGCUUCAUUCGCCGAUCCAUGCCAUGCUGUCUUCGCAGAUUCCAAAAACACAAGAGGAGAAGCAGCUCAAGAAGAGCGGAAAACAUAAAGGCCCGCUUCCGCAAGGCACCAAGCACUGGGAAAACCAGCGCACACCUAUCACUGAGUAUCUCGCCACGCUUGCUGACCAGCAGGAGAAUGAGUAUGUCGUCCAUCCAGCUUGGUUUAGUACAGAUGAAGCUAGCAACGCGGCCUACGAGAGGCGCAGAAUCAAUCUCUGUACAGCUGAAGAUGGCUGGGUAGACAGUCACGUAUCCCGUCUCGCGGACGCUGACGUCCCUGAACGCGACAUCGAGCAAGGCAGUGUCACAGCCGGAAGGCGUAUACUAGCAGUUGAUUGCGAAAUGUGCAAGGACGUAAAUGACGUGUCUGUACUGACGCGCAUCAGCCUCAUCGACUGGGACGGGACUGUAGUAAUGGACAAGCUCGUUAAGCCUGAUACCCCUAUCAAAGACUACGUAACUCAGUGGUCCGGUAUAACAGAAGAGAUGCUUCGCGAUGUCACCACCAGUCUGUCAGACAUCCAGAAGGAAUUACUGGAUAUUCUGACGCCGCGAACCAUUCUCAUCGGGCACUCGCUGAACUCGGAUCUGAACGCAAUCAAACUCACGCAUCCGUUUUUGAUCGACACCGGAAUCUUGUUUCCGCACAUCAAAGGUCCGCCGUACAAGCAAUCACUCAAGUGGUUGGCACAGAAGUUCCUCCGAAAGGACAUCCAGAAAGGAGCCGAUGGGCACGACAGCAUAGAGGACGCCAAAACUUGUCUUCACCUAGUCCAGCAGAAGUGCGAGAGGGGACCCAGAUGGGGUACCAGCGAGACCAACGCCGAGUCCAUCUUCAGAAGACUGGAACGCUCUCACCGACCAAAGUCAAACGACGCCAACCGCGCGGGCGCCAUGGUCGAUUGGGGUAAUCCAAAUCAAGGUCUUGGGGCGCAGGCAAAGGUAGCCAUCGGAUGCGACAGCGACUCCGAGAUCGUCCAAGGCAUUAAACACGCCCUCAGCGACCUCGCAGUCGGCAAAUCCGGCACCACAGAGCAAAUCGACUUCGUCUUCGCACGCCUGCGGGAACUCGAAUUAGUACGCGGAUGGUGGGACGAUGGCAGGGCCUCCGACGAGGCGAAAGCACGCCGGCAAGCAGCUCUAGAGCGUCUCGGCUACCCCCCAGACUGGGACGGCGAAGUCAGCGAAGAAGCCCUCGGCAACGAGGUCUCCAAGACGGUCAACAACAUCGUUCAGAUUUACGGUUCUCUGCCGCCGUGCACCGCCUUCAUCGUGUACAGCGGCACCGGCGACCCACGCGAGGUACGCCGUCUGCGCCAGCUGCACGAGCAGCACCGCAACGAAUACAGGACGAAGAACUGGGACGCGGUGACGAAAUGGGGGAGCGACGAGGACGAGGCGUUGAAUAGGGGUGUCAGACGCGCACGGAUGGGCGUCGGGUUUAUGGUCGUCAAGUGA